AUGGACAACGUCGUGAGCCUGGUCAGCCGUCUGCAGGCGGCGUGCACGGUGCUGGGGGACACUGUGGGGGACGAUGGGCCGCGUGCGCUGCCGUCGCUGUGGGAGCGCCUUCCGAGCAUCGUCGUGAUUGGAGGCCAGAGCUCGGGCAAGAGUUCCGUCCUGGAGGCUGUGGUUGGCAAAGAUUUCUUGCCACGGGGUACGGGCAUCGUCACUCGUCGGCCACUGGUGCUUCAACUUGUGCACUUGGAAGACAAGGAUGCCAAGGAAUUUGGCGAAUUCCCACACAACCAAGGGAAGGUAUACCACGACUUUGAACAAAUUCGACAGGAGAUCGAGGACGAGACAGAACGGGCCCUUGGGAACAAGGCCACAAAGGCUGUCUCCCCAGAGCCCAUCCAUCUAACAGUCUCAUCUCCAAAUGUGCCCAACUUGACGCUUGUGGAUAUGCCAGGCCUGACAAAGGUACCAAUUGAUGGUCAGCCUGCGACCAUCGUGCAGGACAUAGAGGAGAUGGUGAGGAAAUAUGUUACUGUGGAGAGUGCUGUCAUGCUUGCCGUGACGCCUGCUAAUGCAGAUCUGGCCACAUCCGAUGCCCUCCGGCUGGCAAGGGAUGUGGACCCAAGUGGCGAUCGCACCAUUGGCGUUCUAACGAAGAUUGACAUAAUGGACAGAGGGACGUCCGUCCGUGACAUUCUGGAGGGUGACACGUUGAGGUUGAAGCACGGAUGGGUCGGUGUGGUGAACAGGGGCCAGGCAGACAUAAACUCGAAGAUGAGCAUGCAGGAUGCUCGGAAGAGAGAACGAGAGUUCUUCGACGGCUCAGCGAACUACAGGCACUUGGACAAUAUUGGGACUGGGUUUCUUGCAGAGAAGCUGAGCAAGCACCUUCUGCAUGAAAUCAAGAAGGCCCUGCCAUCCAUUAUGGCAUCCAUCAAGCAGGACAUAAUUACCCUGGAGCGUGAGUGCGAAGCGCUUGGGCCUGCUGUGAUGGAUUCUCGAGGACAGAUGCUGCACUUCAUUUUGAAGAGAACAGCAGACUUCGAGUCUGCUUUCAAGAGCUUGGUGGACCAGGGCAAAGGAGGCGGUGAGCGCAUUCUCAGUGUGUUUGAGAGGAAGCUGCAUGCGGACCUGCAUGCCCUGCCCUUCCAUGACAUCCUGGCAGUGGAGAACGUCAGGAGGAUCAUCUCGGAGGCUGACGGCCUGAGGCCACACUUGAUCGCUCCAGAGGCUGGGUACCGGCGACUGUUGGAGGCUGGGCUGCUGCUCAUGCGGGACCCAGCCCAGGGUGCUGUGGAAGAGGUCCACAGGAUCCUGCUCUCCGUCAUCGACAAGGCGCUGACCAGCGAGACCUGUGCAGCACUGUCCAAGUACUCCAUGCUGGUGUCAGAGAUCCAGAACUGUGCCAUCACAAGGCUGGAGGAACUGAAGGAGAGUGCGCACGUAAUGGUCAAGACUCUGGUGGAGAUGGAGUCGUCGUACAUGUCCGCUAACAUCUUCCGGCACAUCAUGGAGCUGCAAUCGAAAGCUAAUUCCAGCGAUGAAGCCAGGAUAGCCCUGAAGGAAUUCAGAACCCUUUCGGGGAAGGACAUCAGUGACAGGCUGAUGUCGGACCAGGGCGGCCAGCAUUAUUUGAAGAAGAUAGCUUCACAAGUCUCGGCAUACCUCAAUUUCGUCAGGAGGCAGCUCCUCAACACAGUCCCAAAGGCUGUGGUGCACACACAGGUACUGAAGGCCAAGGGCGGUUUGCUGGAGCCCUUUCAAGAGGAUGUUGCAGGCAGGGAAGAGGGGGAGCUGUCGCGCCUGCUGCAUGAGGACCCAGACGUGACCCGCAGGAGGAACGCCUGCAAACGACGGCUGGAGCUGCUAAAGAAGGCACAGGAUGAGAUCGCCUCAGCCAAGUUCUAG